AACUAAAAAUGGCUGCGCCCUUCAGACCAUGUUCACAUCUUGGAGGAAAUCUGCGCGCCAGAUUCUUACCAGCAUUAACGCAAUUUUAUUCACACCGUAAACAACCUGCUCGGUUAGAUGAAAUUUCGAGGAAAAAAUCAUCUGAUAAAUCAUUUCAGUCGCCAAUGAUUUCUACUUUCCUUUUCCCCGGACUCACAACUUUCACUUUAUCUCCGAAUGAUCUCCAGAAGACUAAUUUUUCAACAAAAGCAAACAGGACAUGUUGGAAGUGUGGGAAUGAUGUUGAUACAAAGGACGAAGUUUUCUUUUGUAAAUGUGGUGUGGUGCAGGAGGUGAAAGGGUUGGAUUUCUUCGAACUUAUGGGAUUUCCUGAAUCCUUUGAUAUUGAUACCAAAGCAUUAGCCCAAAGAUAUCGAGAUUUACAGACACUACUUCACCCAGACAAGUACAGCCUGAAAACUGAGAGAGAGAAACAGAUCGCGGAGGAACAGUCGUCUUAUGUCAACAAAGCUUACUUCACCCUCCUGAGGCCCCUUCCCCGAGCUCAGUACCUCCUCGAGAGGCGGGGAGAUCCGAUAGAGGAGGAAAACACGGGUGUUGACCAAGAGUUCCUGAUGGAGAUCAUGGAGAUUAACGAGGAAAUCAUGGACGCUGACACUCCGGACUCUCUUCAGCCAAUUCAAAUGUCGAAUGAUACGAACACAAAGAACUGUGUGUCAGAAAUAUCUAAAGCUUUCAGCAGUGAUAACAUCGACAGAGCUAAGGAGUGGACUAUUAAACUGAAGUAUUUUGCAAACAUUAAUGAUAAAAUAAUAGGUAUUCAUCAGAAACACUUUGGUGCUCAUUAGUUCGUGUACUGAUUCAGUAUUAGUCAGAACAGGUUUUUUUUUAAUUUUUCAAGGGAAUAUAAAAAUUCUUUUAAAGAACAAACAAGGGUACAAUUGUCGAACUGAUAGACAAAUAUUCCUCAUGUAAUGUGUGGUUAGGAUAUAAAGCUGAACCAAUAUUU